CACGUGGUCUGUCUUCAGCCCCGUCGCCGGCGGAGGCGGGCGCGGGCGCGUCCCUGUGGCCAGUCACCCGGAGGAGUUGGUCGCACAAUUAUGAAAGACUCGGCUUCUGCUGCUAGCGCCGGAUCUGAGUUAGUUCUGAGAAGGUUUCCCUGGGCUGUCCUUGUCCGGCGGCCUCUGCUGCCGCCUCCGGAGACGCUUCCCGAUAGAUGGCUACAGGCCGCGGAGGAGGAGGAGGUGGAGUUGCUGCCCUUCCGGAGUCCGCCCCGUGAGGAGAAUGUCCCAGAAAUCCUGGAUAGAAAGCACUUUGACCAAGAGGGAAUGUGUAUAUAUCAUACCAAGUUCCAAGGACCCUCACAGAUGCCUUCCAGGAUGUCAGAUUUGUCAGCAGCUUGUCAGAUGUUUUUGUGGUCGCCUGGUCAAGCAACAUGCUUGUUUUACUGCAAGUCUUGCCAUGAAAUACUCAGAUGUGAAAUUGGUUGACCAUUUUAAUCAGGCAACAGAAGAAUGGUCUGUGGAAAAGCAUACAGAACAGAGCCCAACGGAUGCUUAUGGAGUCAUAAAUUUUCAAGGGGGUUCUCAUUCCUACAGAGCUAAGUAUGUGAGGCUAUCAUACGACACAAAACCUGAAAUCAUUCUACAACUUCUGCUUAAAGAAUGGCAAAUGGAAUUACCAAAACUGGUUAUCUCUGUACAUGGAGGCAUGCAGAAAUUUGAGCUACAUCCUCGAAUCAAGCAGUUGCUUGGAAAAGGCCUUAUUAAAGCUGCAGUUACAACGGGAGCCUGGAUUUUAACUGGAGGAGUCAACACAGGUGUGGCAAAACAUGUUGGUGAUGCACUUAAAGAACAUGCUUCCAGAUCAUCUCGAAAGAUUUGCACUAUUGGAAUAGCUCCAUGGGGAGUGAUUGAAAACAGAAAUGAUCUUGUUGGGAGAGAUGUCGUUGCUCCUUAUCAAACCUUACUGAACCCCCUGAGCAAACUGAAUGUUCUGAAUAAUCUCCAUUCCCAUUUUAUAUUGGUGGAUGAUGGCACUGUUGGAAAGUAUGGGGCAGAAGUGAAACUGAGAAGAGAACUUGAAAAAACUAUUAAUCAGCAAAGAAUCCAUGCUAGAAUUGGCCAAGGUGUCCCUGUAGUGGCACUUGUAUUUGAAGGUGGGCCUAAUGUUAUCCUCACAGUUCUAGAAUACCUUCAAGAGAGUCCCCCUGUUCCAGUAGUUGUAUGUGAAGGAACAGGCAGAGCUGCAGAUCUGCUAGCAUACAUUCAUAAGCAAACAGAAGAAGGAGGAAAUCUUCCUGAUGCUGCAGAGCCUGAUAUUAUUUCAACCAUCAAAAAAACAUUCAACUUUGGUCAGAGUGAAGCAGUUCAUUUAUUUCAAACACUGAUGGAGUGCAUGAAAAAAAAGGAGCUUAUCACUGUUUUCCACAUUGGAUCAGAGGAACAUCAAGAUAUAGAUGUAGCAAUACUUACUGCAUUGCUAAAAGGUACUAAUGCAUCUGCAUUUGACCAGCUUAUCCUUACAUUGGCAUGGGAUAGAGUUGACAUUGCCAAAAAUCAUGUAUUUGUUUAUGGACAACAGUGGCUGGUUGGAUCCUUAGAACAAGCUAUGCUUGAUGCUCUUGUAAUGGAUAGAGUUGCAUUUGUAAAACUUCUUAUAGAAAAUGGAGUAAGCAUGCAUAAAUUCCUUACCAUUCCAAGACUGGAAGAACUUUACAACACUAAACAAGGCCCAACUAAUCCAAUGCUGUUUCAUCUUAUUCGAGAUGUGAAACAGGGAAAUCUUCCUCCUGGAUAUAAAAUCACUCUAAUUGAUAUAGGACUCGUUAUUGAAUAUCUCAUGGGGGGAACCUACAGAUGUACCUAUACUCGGAAACGUUUUCGAUUAAUAUACAAUAGUCUUGGUGGAAAUAAUCGGAGGUCUGGCCGAAAUACUUCCAGUAGCACUCCUCAGUUGCGAAAGAGUCAUGAAUCUUUUGGUAAUAGAGCUGAUAAAAAGGAAAAAAUGAGACAUAAUCAUUUCAUUAAAACAGCACAGCCCUACAGACCAAAGAUGAUACAUCUGUUGGAUGCAGAAAGAAGAAAAUAUCCAACUCAUGAUAUAGUCUAUUAAGAUGAUCUGAAAGCAAUGAUUUAUUCAUACUCACUUAAUGAAAGUUAAUUAGAGGCUUGACUCAUGAAGAGCCUGGUCCAAGUCGCGCUCUUAUGGCAGCAUGGUGAAGAAUCAAUGGCUAAAGCAUUAGUUGCCUGUAAGAUCUAUCGUUCAAUGGCAUAUGAAGCAAAGCAGAGCGACUUGGUAGAUGAUACUUCAGAAGAACUGAAACAGUAUUCCAAUGAUUUUGGUCAACUGGCUGUUGAAUUACUAGAACAGUCAUUCAGACAAGAUGAAACAAUGGCUAUGAAAUUGCUCACAUAUGAACUGAAAAACUGGAGUAAUUCAACCUGCCUUAAAUUAGCAGUUUCAUCAAGACUUAGACCUUUUGUAGCCCACACCUGUACACAAAUGUUAUUAUCCGAUAUGUGGAUGGGAAGGCUUAAUAUGAGGAAAAAUUCGUGGUACAAGGUCAUAUUAAGUAUUUUAGUUCCACCUGCGAUAUUAAUGCUAGAAUAUAAAACUAAAGCUGAAAUGUCCCAUAUCCCACAAUCUCAAGAUGCUCAUCAGAUGACAAUGGAAGACAGUGAAAACAACUUUCAAAACAUAACAGAAGAGAUCCCCAUGGAAGUAUUUAAAGAAGUAAAGAUUUUGGGUACUAAUGAAGGAAAGAAUGAAAUGGAUAUACAGAUAAAAUCCAAAAAGCUUCCAAUCACACGAAAGUUCUAUGCCUUUUAUCAUGCACCAAUUGUAAAGUUCUGGUUUAACACGUUGGCAUAUUUAGGAUUUCUGAUGCUGUAUACAUUUGUAGUUCUUGUACAAAUGGAACGGUUACCUUCAGUUCAAGAAUGGAUUGUUAUUGCCUAUAUUUUUACCUAUGCUAUUGAGAAAGUCCGUGAGAUCUUCAUGUCUGAAGCUGGAAAAAUAAGCCAGAAGAUUAAAGUGUGGUUUAGUGAUUAUUUCAAUAUCACUGAUUCAAUUGCCAUAAUUUCAUUCUUCAUUGGAUUUGGACUAAGAUUUGGAGCAAAAUGGAAUUUUGAGAAUGCAUAUGAUAAUCAUGUUUUUGUGGCUGGAAGAUUAAUUUACUGUCUUAACAUAAUAUUUUGGUAUGUGCGUUUGCUAGAUUUUCUAGCUGUAAAUCAACAGGCAGGACCUUAUGUAAUGAUGAUUGGAAAAAUGGUGGCCAAUAUGUUCUACAUUGUAGUGAUUAUGGCUCUUGUGUUACUUAGUUUUGGUGUUCCCAGAAAGGCAAUACUUUAUCCUUAUGAAGCACCAUCUUGGACUCUUGCUAAAGAUAUAGUGUUUCAUCCAUACUGGAUGAUUUUUGGUGAAGUUUAUGCAUAUGAAAUUGAUGUGUGUGCAAAUGAUUCCGUUGUCAAGGAAAUCUGUGGUCCUGGGACAUGGUUGACUCCAUUUCUUCAAGCAGUCUACCUCUUUGUACAGUAUAUCAUUAUGGUUAAUCUUCUUAUUGCAUUUUUCAACAAUGUGUAUUUACAAGUUAAAGCAAUUUCCAAUAUUGUAUGGAAGUACCAGCGUUACCAUUUUAUUAUGGCUUAUCAUGAGAAACCAGUUCUGCCUCCUCCACUUAUCAUUCUUAGCCAUAUAGUUUCUCUGUUUUGCUGUAUAUGUAAAAGAAGAAAAAAAGAUAAGACUUCUGAUGGACCAAAACUUUUCCUAACAGAAGAAGAUCAAAAGAAACUUCAUGAUUUUGAAGAACAGUGUGUUGAGAUGUAUUUUAAUGAAAAAGAUGACAAAUUCCAUUCUGGAAGUGAAGAGAGAAUUCGUGUCACUUUUGAAAGAGUGGAACAGAUGUGUAUUCAGAUUAAAGAAGUUGGAGAUCGAGUCAACUACAUAAAAAGAUCUUUACAGUCAUUAGAUUCUCAAAUUGGACAUUUACAAGAUCUUUCAGCCCUAACAGUAGAUACAUUAAAGACACUCACUGCCCAGAAAGCUUCAGAAGCUAGCAAAGUUCAUAAUGAAAUAACACGAGAAUUGAGCAUUUCCAAACAUUUGACUCAAAACCUUAUGGAUGAUGGUCCUGUAAGACCUUCUUUAUGGAAAAAGCACAGUGUUGCUAAUACACUUAGCUCCUCUCUUCCCCAAGGUGAUAUUGAAAAUAAUAAUCCUUUUCUUUGUAAUAUUUUUAUGAAAGAUGAAAAAGAUCCUCAGUAUAACAUAUUUGGUCAAGAUUUACCUAUAAUACCCCAGAAAAAAGAAUUCAAUUUUCCAGAGGCUGGUUCCUCUUGUGGUGCCUUAUUCCCAAGUGCUCUUUCUCCUCCAGAACUACGACAGAGACGACAUGGCAUAGAAAUCUUAAAAAUAUUUAAUAAAAAUCAAAAAUUAGGCAGUUCAUCUAAUAGUACACCACAUCUAUCAUCCCCACCAACCAAAUUUUCUAUUAGUACACCAUCCCAGCCAAGUUGCAAACGCCACUUGGAAAGUGUAACCAAAGAUCAAGAAACUAUUUGCUCUAAAGCUGCAGAAGGAGAUAAUACAGAAUUUGGUGCAUUUGUAGGACACAGAGAUAGUAUGGAUUUGCAGAGGUUUAAAGAAACAUCAAACAAGAUAAAAGAAUUACUAUCUAAUGAUAAUCCUUCUGAAAAUACUUUGAAACAUGUGAGUUCUUUUGCUGGAUUUACUGAGUGUCAGAAAACUUUCAGUUCUCUUCAUUUGGAACAAGUGGAAAUCAAUAGCCGAAGGCCAUCUGCAGAAGAUACUCAUGAAGUAGAUUCCAAAGCAGCUUUACUACCGGAUUGGUUACAAGAUAGACCAUCAAAAAGAGAAAUAUUACCAUCUGAAGAAGGAACAUUAAAUGGUCUUGCUUCUCCUUUUAAGCCAGUUAUGGAUACAAAUUAUUAUUACUCAGCUGUGGAAAGAAAUAACUUGAUGAGGUUAUCACAGAGCAUUCCAUUCACACCUGUACCUCCAAGAGGUGAACCUGUCACAGUGUAUCGUUUGGAAGAGAGUUCUCCCAGCAUACUGAAUAACAGUAUGUCUUCUUGGUCACAGCUAGGCCUUUGUGCCAAAAUAGAGUUUUUAAGUAAAGAGGAAAUGGGAGGAGGUUUACGAAGAGCUGUCAAAGUACAGUGUACCUGGUCAGAACAUGAUAUCCUCAAAUCAGGACAUCUUUAUAUUAUCAAGUCUUUUCUUCCUGAGGUGGUUAACACAUGGUCAAGUAUUUAUAAAGAAGAUACGGUUCUUCAUCUCUGCCUCAGAGAAAUUCAACAACAGAGAGCUGCACAAAAGCUCACAUUUGCCUUCAAUCAAAUGAAACCCAAAUCUAUACCAUAUUCUCCCAGAUUUCUGGAAGUUUUCCUGCUGUAUUGCCAUUCAGCUGGACAGUGGUUUGCUGUGGAAGAGUGUAUGACUGGAGAAUUUAGAAAAUACAACAACAAUAAUGGUGAUGAGAUUAUUCCAACUAAUACACUGGAAGAGAUCAUGCUAGCCUUUAGCCAUUGGACUUAUGAAUAUACCAGAGGGGAGUUACUGGUACUUGAUUUACAAGGUGUGGGUGAAAAUUUGACUGACCCAUCCGUGAUAAAAGCAGAAGAAAAAAGAUCCUGUGAUAUGGUUUUUGGCCCAGCAAAUCUAGGAGAAGAUGCAAUAAAAAACUUCAGAGCAAAACAUCACUGUAAUUCUUGCUGUAGAAAGCUUAAACUUCCAGAUCUGAAGAGGAAUGACUAUACACCUGAUAAAAUUAUAUUUCCUCAAGAUGAGCCUUCAGAUUUCAAUCUUCAGCCUGAAAAUUCCACCAAAGAAUCAGAAUCAACUAAUUCUGUUCGUCUGAUGUUAUAAUAUUACUGAAUCACUGAUUUUGUUGACACAUCAAAAAUGUUACUAUGUUACUUUUCCAUUAAGAGGAAAUUAUUUGGUAAUAUAUAAAGGUGUGGCAAAUUGGAUUUGCUGACUCCAGCACAGUUAAAAAGUCAAUGUUCUUUUUGACCUGAUUAAACUAGUCAAAAACGCGCUAUAGGACUGAGCUGGCAAUUAAGAAUUUUAAAAAGUAGUGAAAAAUUAGUAUUUAUGACUUUCUAAAGGGCUUUUUAUAGCAGAGGAUUUCAUUUGACUUUGUUAUGAGGGUGAUCGUGCCCUCUCCUAUGUGGUGCAAUACCAUUAACCAAAGUUAGGUGUCUGUGCACAUUUUAUUGGCAGCUGGUUUAUUGCCAUUGAACUAGAGAAAUGAAGUCAGCCUUUUGGUUAAAUGGCAGUCAAAAGUCUUCCUCGGUGUGUUUAGUGUGUUCCAUGAUGAUGUCACUUGGUUCCCAACUCUAUACUUGUUGACCACAAGAAAGAAGAUGGCUUAUUACAGUUCUGAAUUCCCAGGGAUAUAAGAAGCCAGAGCUGAAGACCAUUUUCUAAAGAGAGACUUUAUUUGUGAAUCAGGGUUAGGCUCCAUAUUUAAAGAUAGAACCAAUUUUUGUUAGAGCCCAAAUUGUGCAAAAGUAUUUGUUUGCUUGUUUUUUUUUAACAUUUUUUAUCAAGUUACUGUUAAGUAGAAGAAAGCCAUGGUAAACUGGUAUGUCACCUAAAUAUAGAAAAGGAAGAACUCAACUCACUGUUCAAGGGAAAUUGUCUUGUGAGGAAAGCUAAAGUACUUUUUCCCUAUCUGUGUUGGUAGUGACAACCUGAAAGUUAGACACUUCUCCAAAGAUUUUUAUUAACCAAUCAAAUCAGACUGUAGACAUGAACUUUUGCUUAUAUUUAAAAUUGUGUUGGAACAUCUGAACAUGAAUUUUUUUGUGAUACUUAUUUAAGAAAUGAAUUGAGUUGGAUUAUUAUGUAAUGUCGGGAGAUUGCAAUGCAACUUUAUGCCAAUAAAAUGAAUUUAACUGCCCCAGAUACUGUUGAAUAUUCAACAAGAAGAAAAGCUUUUCAUCUGACUAAAGUUUUAUGCUUUGAUAUUUUUUUUCCUUUUUGUUUGUUUCCUAGGUACUAAUUUUCAUUUUUAUUUGGAAGACAGCAGUAAAAAGCUUACUUGUAUUAAGUAGUGUAUCUCAUAGAUACAGUCAAGGCAAAAAGAGAUAAGCUGUUUAAAUAGUGUUUAAUAUUGAUGGGGGGGAGAAAGAAAAAGUGUAUUACUUAAAGAUAUUAUACUAUAUACAUUUUGUAUAUCAUUAAAUCUUUAAAAGAAAUUAAAUAAAUUUAUUCUUGUUUACAAUU